AUGAAUACAAAUAGUGAAUCUGAUGUAAAUAUAAUACGUUCAGGUACACGUAUACGUGAAAGUAUACGUUGUUUACCAAAAGGACAUUUUCAACAAAUUCGACAAAUGUUUGAUAAACAAUCAUGUUCAACAAUUCAUGAACGACAAUCAAAAUUGAAAUCAUCAUUUCCAUCACAUGUUUUACUUAAAUUGCCUGUUACUGAUGAUGAAAAAUUACAACAUACAACAACAAAUAUCGAUGAUAUUGUCAUAGAAAAUGAUAAAUCAAUUAACGAACAAUAUCUUAGUGACUAUCAAGUACUUCGUACUAAACUUAUGAAUAAAUCAAUUCAACAUUGUUUAUUAUCUUUAAAACAAGAUGAACAAAUAUUGAAUUUAAAUUCAUCAUUAUCAAAUGAAAAUCAGUUUCAUACAGACACACUUUCAUAUACACCGUUAUUAUCUCAACAACUCUUAUCUUCAAUCGAACGUGAAAAAUCCAUAUUAACAUAUAAUCAACGUCGUCUAUUAGUUAUGGCUUCAGCUAUAAAUUAUGCUGAUAGUUAUGAGUCUUCUCCAACAUCAACUCAUUUAAAUCACACACUUUCAUAUACACCGUUAUUGUCUGAACAACUCUUAUCUUCAAUCGAACGUGAAAAAUCCAUAUUAACAUAUAAUCAACGUCGUCAAUUAGUUAUGGCUUCAGCUAUAAAUUAUGCUGAUAGUUAUGAGUCUUCUCCAACAUCAACUCAUUUAAAUCGUCUAGGUAGUACACGUCAAUAUGCUUCAAAUUUACAACGUACAUUAGCUGUACAUGCUAAACCGGUUCUUGUUAAAACUACAUGUAAUGUAGUAAAACAUAAUCCAACAAUAACAUAUGAUAAUAAUAAUGAAUUAUUUCAAUCAACAAGAAGUCUUCAGUCAUCAAUAUCACUUUCAUCAACAGGUUAUGAUUCAAAUUCAUCACCAUCAAUUAUAUCAAAACGAAAUUCUCUAAUAACAGAUCGUACUAAUGAUCAAUCAUUAUCAAGUGAUGAACGUCAAUCAUUAAAACCUUGGAUAUUACACGAAUCUGGUAUUGGUACUCCAGUAACUAUUGCUAAUUCAUAUUCAAGUGAUGAAAUUUUUGAUAGUACUUCAUUAAAUAGUCGUUCAAAUAUUAAAUUAAAUCAUUCUCCAUCAUCAACUCUUGAACAUCAUCCAAUAUCAAUUAUUCGUCAUGCAACAAUUCGUAAUUCAUCUAGACUUGAUUCACCAUCAAUAUCAUCAGCAUCAUCAACAUCAUCAUCGGCAAAAUUUAUUGUUCAAACAACUUCAUUUCCUGAUAGUACAACAACAACAACAACAAAUGAUAUAAAAACAAAUCAUUCGAUUGAUCGUAGUGAAACAUUUUCUUUAAGAAGAAAUCAUAAAUUAAAUUCAACAAAUUCAACUGGUUUUCAAAUUCAACAACGAUUAUCUAUUCAUAGUCCUAUUGUUAUACAAAAAUCAAUAAAUGAACGAGAAGAAAGUCCAUUACCAAUCGCUGAAAAUCCAUUAUUUAAAAAAUUACCACCAAGAAAACCACCACGAACAUUUGAACAUGAAAAUCGAUAUAAUCAUUUACCAAAAACUAUCGAUCAAAAAGUACCUUCAUUAUCUUCAUCAACAAGUGAUUCACCUACAUUUGAUCUCGGUUCUCGUUCGAUUAGUUGUAUGGAUUUGACUGCAGGUGUUUCAAGUGCUCUACUAUCAAGUGGUCUUUUACCAUUAGAUACAGAUGAUACAAAUAUUGAAUGUAAAUCAAAUAUAUUAUUUGAUAAUAUAAAAAAAUUUGUACCAAAUGAAAAUAUUUAUGAAGAAUUACAAACACCUUUAUCAACAAUUGAUAAACAAGAUGAUGUUCAAAAAUUUUUAUUUAAUAAUAAUAAUAAAACACAAACAAUGAAAAUAUCAUCAAAUUAUGUGACAUUGGGUACAUCAACAAUAAAAACAAAAGUAGAUUAUCCAUUAACAAAUGUAAAAUCUGCAAUGAAGAAAGGUAUUAGUGAACCAAAUCUUGCUAAAACAAAAUCAUCACAUUCAACAUUUUUUUCACCACGUGCUCUUAUUGAUCGUUUUAAACGUAUUCUUCCAUUAUCUUUAUCAAAACAAUCAUUAAAUGAUACUAAUACUGUGACAAUAGAUAGUGAUGAUUCUGUUAGUAUAUCAUCAGAAAAUAAUGAUGAUAUUCGAACAUCAAGACUUGAUCAUGUUAGUCGAGUCAAAAAUAUUUAUGAUUCAUUAAGUAUGUAUAACGCGUAUUACUUUCUUAUUUAG